CGACUGCCCCUGAGGCAAUGACCGUUUUUCAGUCUGCUGCGCUGCCAUCGGUCAUCCACAAGGCCUUCUACACACUGCAGAUCGUGCUGCUGCGCACCCCUUUCUACGUGGGGUUGACUCUCCCCAUGGCAUCACUACUCGCACCGCUGCUCUGCCUUGCACGCAUGUCAUCCGACAAUGAG